AUGCAAGCUAAACACACAUUGGAGGUCAACGAUGAUGCGGGAGUUCGGAUUAAUAAGAGUUUCCUUAGCAUCGUCGGGCAAGCAGGUGGAUUUGAAAAUAUGGACUUCGUGGAGCGAGAUGCGCGAAACUACAUUGGGCAACAUAGAAGAUCGUUAUGUAAGGAUGGUGAUGGUCAAGCCCUCCUACACUUCUCAUCAAUGAAAGAUUUAAAUAAUGAGUUCUUCUAUGACAUUCAAUUGAACGAAGGAAAUAUAAUUUGUAGUGUCUUUUGGGCAGAUGCGAGAAGUCGAGCCGCUUGCGAAGACUUUGGCGAUGUCGUAUGCAUGGGUAACAAGGCCCCUCAUGGUAUUAUAACCGACCAAUGUAGGGCAAUGACAAAUGCCAUUGAAGAAGUCUUUAUUUAUACAAAGCACAUGUGGUGUUUAUGGCACAUCAUGAAGAAGUUGCCCGAAAAAUUUCAGGGGUAUAAAAAUUAUGUGGCUAUCAAAAGCGAUCUAAAAGAGCUUGUGUAUGAGUGUGGUUGUUCAACGGACUUUGAGAAUGGCUGGGAACAACUACUGACGAAACAUGGCUUAGAAGACAAUGAAUGGCUAUGUAAUUUGCAUGAGGAGAGACAAAAAUGGGUAGCUUGUGAAUCGGAAGCUGCUUUUAAUGACUUGGAAAAAGAACUUCAUUUCCUUGCUAAAAACUUUGGGUCCAAUUCAUCCAUGACAAAUAACAUCAUCAGUGAGGGAGGUGAACUACGGUAUGACAAUCCGGUCAACGCUAUUGUACCCGACACUUCAGGUUGUAAUGGUGAUGUAGUUGUCCAUAACCCUGAGACAAGAACAAUUCAUGUGAGACAAAGUCAGGAGGUCAUUGAAUUUGGAUCCCAACCUUACCAAGUAUCACAACUAUCCGAAGUGCUUUCUUCUAGGUUUAUGUCUUUGUUGUCUGCUGUACAUAACAAUCUAGAUAACAACCUUCUUUGA